UUCACAAAAUAGAGCAUUCUCUUCUCCUCCUUCUUCGAGUCGAGGACGAAAACGAAGAUUUCACAUACCAUUAUUAUCAAUCCUUUUAACCAAGAUUUUGAGUAGCACUAUUAUCAAUCGAUCAUUUUCACGUUCGAAAAAGAUGAAGUUGUUCAAAUUAAUGGUUGUUCUUGCCAUUACAAUGGUUUGCACUAUCUCUCUGCUCACCAUGCAACGUAUGGGCAAAUCGAUCAGCCCUAAAAAUUCAAAAUUUCAUGAGGAAGGGAAACGACUUUCAGCAACACCUGUGGAAGUACCUCAUUUGAAGAGGAGAACGAGUCGUUUUCUUGCUGAGAAAGAAAGGAACCCUAGGGCAGCCGAUCACUGCCACAAAGAUAAUGAAAUCUGCCACUUGCUUGAAGGGCGAAACUCGACAUGCUGCAACAACAAGUGCAUGGAUUUAGGGUACGACGAUCACCAUUGUGGUGCCUGUAAGAGAAAGUGUCGUUUCACUGAGACUUGUUGCAGAGGAGAAUGCGUGAAUUUGUCAUUUGACAAAAGGCAUUGUGGAUACUGCAAUAGUAGGUGCAUGCCCGGUGGAUAUUGUUUCUAUGGCAUGUGUGAUUAUGCCUAAGAAUGAUGAAUAAGGUUUGUCAAUUUACAUAAAUUCAUUUUACCAAUAAAAAACCACAUUUAAUUUUGUGGUUUGAUUUACUCCUAAGAUAGACGGAAUUUCUACUUAUAUGAUAUAUCCUCGAGGAUUUAUCAAGUGUACACUGUAACACUUAUAUACAUAUUCUUCAUUAUGAGUGUAUAUUGAUAAGUAUUUUUGUAAAAUUUUGCUAAUGUAUUGUAUGUGGUACUGUUUAUCAAGA